AUGGGUCGCAGUCGCUCGGCGGAACAAACCGCCCGCGUGUUACUGUCGAGUGCGAUUCGGCACGACACAUGGGAAUGCCGGGCCUCGAGUGAGGCCGUGGCGGGUACCCUGCUCACGCUGCGGCUUCUGUGGGAGGAGUGGCCGAUGGUGCCUGCCUCCAACGACGUGAUUGCUCUGCACAUGACCUUCUACGACAAGGUGGCCUGCAGCUUCGUUGGGGCCACGUACGCCGUGACGCGAAGUGCCAUGGCAGAGCCGCUUCUGUUUCGCAGCCGUGCGGAGGAUAUGGUUUUGGCGGUGGAGGUAGUGGCCCGAGAUGCACGGCAUGACGCGCCGGUGGGGGGACGACGCGUGCUGCUGUGGGGUUAUGUCCCGCUGACGGAGGUGUGUGCCUCGCACACCCUCGAGCUACGCCCCGGCAGCGCCCAGCUGCUUCGGCUGAACGCCACGUCAUGGCCGUGUGUUAAUGCCGCGGACAGGGCUGUCAGUCUGAAGUACACCUGCACGUCUGUGAGGGAUGUUGUGUUGACGCAGCUCAUGUCGCGUCUGGUGCCGCCUGGCAUUAUCGUCACGCAGAGUUUUACGGAAAACACACCGCAAGCCGUCGCCAAGUCCUUUCGCUGCGUUGUGCGUAAUGUUCAGCUCCACCCCACACUGGAGAACACGGAGUGGCGUGACAAAACGGCGGAGUGGCGCGUUGCCGCGGUGGCGCACAAUGGGUACCAGCAGCUUGGACAGGGCGCUGAGAUCCCGCUGGUGUUUGACGACGACCUCGCCCCGUCGCCUCCCAACUCCAACUCAAUUACCACCACCAGCAGUCGCAGCGUUACCGCCUCCAAAUCUAGCUACACCUCUACUUCUACCUCCACAUAUGUCUCUUUGGAAGAGACGACGCGGUUGUCGUCGUGCCUUGUGCACUCCGUUACACCGUUAGAAAUAGAUGGGCUUCCUGUGCAUUCGACGACGUCCUUGGUAUUUGCCAUACGACGGAGGAGGGCGGACGAGAAGCGUUUCGAGGUGCUUGGAUUCGGUGUUUUCCCGUUGUGCGUGAUGCCCAUGAAGGAUCGCGACAUUCAUGUAGAGAACCUACCCACGCUCCAGGGGCCCUUCUCCUGCCGUGACCCGCGGAUGUUGAUGUUGGAGUCCUCGUCACCGUACGGCAAGCUGCCACUUACCAUAACACUGACGGUGGAGUACCACGACACUCUUGUUGUGGAUCAGCUUCCGGCGUUGUUGCCCACCUCGCAGCCAGUCGGCGAGGAAGUGAAGCAGCCAGCAGACAGGGAGGGCGGCAGAAAGGAAUUAUUGGCGGAGGCGCAUGAUAUCAUGCAAAGCUUUCCCCCUCCGAUUGGAGCACUGGUGAAGUCAAUGGGGAUUAUAUCGACGGAAGAACCGGGGGCGGCCGCUGCGCAACCUGCUGGUUUGGAGGGGACGACGAAAGGAUCAACGUCGCAAGCUUCACCAUCUGUGGAGCUUACGUAUCCCUCCCGUGAUGCAUUUGCCGCGGAUAAACGCCUCACCGAAGAUCGCGCCUCAGUUGACGUGUUCAAAAUGCUUUGUGAGAUCAUGGAAGAGCUGCGUCGCUUGCGUGAGAUGCAGGAGUCAGCCAUGCGGCACGGAUCUACAAGGAAGGCAUCCGUUGUACCUGCUGAUGAGGUUGGUAGGCGGUUAGACGAUGCUGCAGGCAUUGAGGUGGUUGAUCUCUCCCCCAUGUCUGUUGCUAUCUCGUGGGAAACGCGUUGUCGUCUUGAAGAGGGCUUGCAGCCCAUACUUCAUCCCUUACGAGGCACGCGUCUUGAGGACCAGGUGCUGUCAUGUGGCCAGGACAUGAUGACGUCACUGGACGGUAUUCGUUUUGAGGGUCUCACCAUGGACGCCGCCAUGGAUGUGCCAGAGGAUGUCUGCUUCAUUUUUUCAUUUGGUUCUCUCCCGCUGCAGACGAUUGGCCCCGCUCGUACCACGUGCAUAGAAAAAACCCCGCAGCUGCGGACGUUUAAGUUGUACGAGGGGGCGCAGCGUGGUGGGAUGGUGUGGUGUGAGCCACUUGAGGCGGCGGAGGACCCUUUUAUGCAGAAGUACCGUCAGUCCACAGAUGCGACGCUCUACAUUCAUGUCUACAACGCCCUCACUAUGUUUUACGUUGGCAGUGUGGCGAUGCAGCUAGCGCACUUUCGCCGCCCCUACAACGCGGAACACGCAUGCAUUCCGAUGGAUAUCCCGCUCUACCGUGACCUCAGCCUCACGGAGAAAAACAUACCAUCGAAGGUGUUCCCUAUUGUGCGCAACGUUGGCCAGAUGCACGUGACGCUCUUCUGCGUCGCCGCCAAGGGAGGGUUCACCGCACAGUCACAAAACAAAAUUGUGGAGCCGUCAAGAGGUCCGCGGGUGAUUGUUGCAAAAAAACUGCCGCAUGCAAGCCUCAUAGAACAAAAUUUUAUGGAAGGAAGCAAGGAAGAUGCAGGCGUGGAGGCGUCGGCGGAAACGGGUGCUGCACACGCGCCGAACGCGGUGCGGAGGGCAUCCCAAGCCUCUUCAAUGCCCCCAUCCUCCGCAUCACUGCAGGGGCAGCAGCAGCAGAUAGCGUAUGCAGCUUCCGAUGCAAACGGGGCAACGUCGGACCUGCAUUGGCGCCGCGCGCAGCAUGUGAAGCAGGUGUACGGCAAUGGAACGACAUUACCCGGAGUGCCGCAGGAGCAUCGCUCGCGGGAAGGGGACCUGGAGUUCCGCCUGCGCUAUCUUGACAAGCAGCGGGAUGAGAUGAAGUCCCGCAAGAUUGCGGAGGCGUUGGUGGAGCGACUGACGGUGCACCAUUAUGUAUGUGUCACCUCCUAUCGCCCGGAGCUGACGCGUACGCCGUUUCAAAAUCCGUUUAGCUCUGCCAUGCAGUUUGCUGUGGAGGUGGACACCGCCGCGCAGGGCGCGUUGGGCACCGUCACUGCUCCGUCUUUUUACCUCGGCCCACGAGAACGCACGGAGGUGGUUCUCGCCGUCCGGCUCAACGCGACGGGAGACACACGAGGCGGCGAACCCAAACACCUCCGUGCCCGUCUUUUUAGUGGUGGGCGCGAGGUGGUGUGCAUCGUUGACAUCCACGCCACCGUGGGCCCACCGGUGGUGGACCGUCGCUUUGAGAUUUAUGGUCCGGCAGGGACGGAGGUUUCGAAAAAGCUCUUCUCGCGGCUCUUCUCCUCCGCCAUGUUUCCCAUCACCUCUGAUAGGGCAAGGCUGCUUGUACGCAUGCGCGACCUGUGUGCCCGCAUCUCUAUCAACUCGGAGACUACGACGGCGGAGGCGAACGCCGUGCUCGACCCCAUCACACAGACGUACAUCACCGCAUGGGAGGAGGUCACGGUGCACACGACAAUCCCACAUGAUGAGAACGUGCUGCGGACGGAGUAUUUGGUCCUAUACAAAGAUGCUGCCAUGAGUGAAGUGAUUGAGACGUGGGAACUCUGUUUCUUUGCCUGCCAGGCCGUCACCUCGCGUGAAUUGCUCUUUGGGCAGACGACGACGGUUUCCCUCCCUGCAGCUGGGGUAGAGGCACUUUACUGCAAUCACCCUCACGUGAAGGUGGAGCGGCGCGAAGGUGCCUACUUGCUGCAUCUGCGACCACCAGAGGUGGGAACGCAGCAGCUUCUGUUGCACGCGCUAACAAAUCACCACCUGGCCAAGACCUUGUUGACGGUCCCCACCGUGUAUCCCACACCGACGUACACCCAGACGUUGGAAUUUGGCCUGGCGGACACCACAGCGCCGAUAUUCCGCCGUCUGCAGUUCGUACAUCGUGGAGUGAGGGAGGAAGUGUUUACGGUGCACCAGAACUAUAAAUACCAGCUCCGUAUCACGCCGAAGCAGUUUGCUCUGGCCCCUGGCGAUACACAGUUUAUUGCGUUGCAGCUUGACAUGCUUAGUCUGCCUGAGGGACAGAUGGAGGGACGCUGGCCAAUGUGGAUUUUUAUCAACAACGCAGAUGACAAGACGAUUGAGUCGUAUUUGCUGCAUGUUGUACUACGUGCCCACCGCGUCGUGCACGACAUGGCGUAG